UAAUCAGCCACCCACGGUGUAAAAAUCCCAUCCACUCGUCACGGCGUCUCAUGCAGCCGCCAGAAUCCGUCCUCCGUCAACGAAACCUUCCAACUUCCGGAAAUGCCCAACCAGAGCAAAGCAAGCAAUAACCGGGCCGUUAUAAUUCUCAUACUCCCUGCCUGCUAAAAUUCUCCAUCUUUUCCAACACUACUACUGUAAACAGGGUCGGUACCCUCUUUGUCAUUCUUAUCUGGAAAUGGGAACCGUCCUGGAUUCUCACUUUCUUGCUCUAACCGCCAUUGUCACCGUUGGGUACCAGCUGCUGUUCUUCAUUGUCACAGCUCUUCUCAAGUUCGAUAAAGUCACCGACUUUGCUGGAAGCACAAACUUCAUUAUACUUGCGGCUUUGACCCUCAUUCUGAAAGGGACGUGGUAUUUUAGACAGGUAGUCUUGAGUGUCCUUGUCAUAAUAUGGGGUCUUCGUCUGGGCCUGUUUCUGCUAAUGAGGAUACUGCAGUGGGGGGAGGAUAGGCGUUUUGAUGAAAUGCGCAGCAAUUUGGGGAAGUUGGCUGUUUUCUGGACAUUUCAGGCUGUAUGGGUGUGGACUGUGAGUUUGCCCUUGACGGUAGUUAAUUCCAGUGACAGAGAUCCUGCAUUAGACGUUCGAGACAUAAUCGGGUGGAUAAUGUGGUCUAUCGGGACAUCAUUCGAAGCCACAGCUGAUCAACAGAAACUUGCUUUCAAAAACGCACCUGAAAACAGAGGGAAAUGGUGCAAUGUCGGACUCUGGAGCUACACUCGCCACCCUAAUUAUUUUGGAGAGAUUUUCCUUUGGUGGGGGAUCUUUGUGGCAUCUGCUCCCGUGCUCAAAGGGGCUGAAUGGCUUGUCAUUCUAGGGCCAAUCUUCUUAACAUUGCUGCUUCUUUUCCUCAGUGGCAUUCCACUGCUCGAGGACUCUGCUGACAAGAAGUUUGGCAAUGCUCCAGCUUACAGAAACUACAAAAGGAGGACCAGCCCUCUUAUCCCGCUGCCUCCAUCGCUCUACGAAAGCCUGCCAUCGUGGUUGAAAACCGUGUUUUUGUUUGAGCUGCCAUUGUACAGUCGCAGUCUUCCUCCUGAGGGGUUGGCAUGGUGAGGUGUAGAAGGAGCACUGAGGGAGAAGUGAUCAAAGGAGAUGAACUGAAGCUGAGCUGAUUCUUGUUUCCUUACAAAAUUAACAGAAAGAAAGAGUGAAUUGUGUUUCAUUAUGGCUUUUGGUAAUUACAGAUUUAAGCCUUUUUCUUAAUCAUCAAGGGGUGUGGUUAUGUAAUUGACUACAUUGUGCUGCUGGGGUAUACAAGAAUUCAUCCUGAGUUUUGCUUCCAUUUCGCUAAUCCAGAAAUCUUAGUAUUCAUGAACAAA